AUGGCCAACCGCAGUGUUCCUGGAAUAUCGUCGCCGCAUCAGUCCUCGUCCUCUCCAGGGCCCUUGGCUGUAACCACGGGUUCUGGGUCGGUUCGGCCGCGCAAUCGCCGUCCUCCUAACAAUGGCAGCAGUCGUACCAACUCCGAAAGUCUGCUAGGGAAUCAUGACGAAAUCACACAUCGGCCGGCUCAGGAUGCCAAAGGCAAACAGAGCUCGCCCAGCCUGGGACAGGUCUUUGGCGGCUCCUGGGCGCAGAGCUGGUCAUCGGUCCAAGGGCUUGCUGCCUCUCUUCUCUCUGGCGCAGACAGUCCGGGUGACAUGCCCCAGCCGCGAUCGCAUCCUCAACCGGAGGACAACUUUGCCUCGUCUCUUUGGAAUCGAAUCCCGUCAAGCGUCGGCGGCAACGCCAGCACGAGUUUCAAAGCAAUGAGCUCCUCUAUUUUACCCAGCCAAAGGGCAGCCAACAGAGUUGCGACCGGAUCAUCAGACCAACGAGAGACCGCGCUGAAAACUGCCAAGAGAGCAAGCGUUCUGGAAAAUAAUCAAGGAUUUGGUGGAGGAAUAGACAUCACAGGAAGGUAUAAGCGCCGAACCUCGGACGAAAUUACCUCAGAGAACUCGCAACCGGAAGAAUAUCUUGUAUACAUUCACAAAAUCCUGCCAACCGAUACAUAUGCCGGGAUCAUCCUCCGAUACAAGUGCUUGGAAGAUGCAUUUAGGAAGGCGAAUGGGCUCUGGUCUAGGGACAGCAUACAAAUCCGAAAAUGGGUCAUUAUACCCGUCGACGCCUGCGAGGUACGGGGACGUCCUUGUGAUCCGCCGCUCAACAGUCAACAACGCAAUGCUACAGAAGUCCCUUCAGCGACGUCAUCGGCGAUAGUCGGAUCAGUCACACCGGAAAAUACGUCUUUUAGCAAUCUCAAACCAUUCAGCGAAAGAGCCAGGCCGGAAGAUGAGAGUCCAGAAAAGGAGGCCGUGCCCUGGUCGCACGUCAAAUGGGUCAAGAUAGACUCGCUGUCUGAGCCAGUGGAAAUUGGGCGCAUCGCACGCCAGAAAAUGGGAUACUUCCCACCGCGAAGGAAAAAGACUGGCAGGACCGUUUCUUUUUCAUCAUCGCCGCGGCAGAGCCUCGAGACUUCGGCUUAUAGUGCAGACCAAGUGGAUCGGCCAUUGUCUAGACGGCAGAGCUCGAUAGGCGACCGGCCACCACUACUCGAAAGACGUCAAUCCACCCACAGCCAUGGAGAUGAUGAUGUGCUAGGUGCGAGGCCAGCUUGGAUGCGCCGCCCUGGCGGCGUCGGCUCCAUGAGUCGAAGUAUUCGAGCUCCCGGCCCAGACAAAGACUACUUUAAUUCGUGGGCCAAGAAACAUCUCCCGGGCCUUCACAUGGACGACAUACCGUCCAUGUCGGUAAUGGGAUCAGAAAUGGCGCGGAUUGGAUUUGACCGCGAUCUUGCAGGGAUCGUAGAGGGCUCUUUCGAAGAGGAGGGAGAUACAACGUCGCCUCUCCAUCAGAACAAUGGCCUUGACAAAGCGGCGGCAGCAGUUGAGACCUGGCUUCGAACUGCCUGGUCCAAACGCCACAUGGGCAACUCAUCAUCACGACCGGAACACUCAAGCGGACAGGAUAUUGGGGAUUUGAUAGAGUUGAUGAACACUCCAGGUGCUGAGGACACUCCGCGCCCCAACAUAUUUGAUUCACAGGUACCACCGUCAUCACUUGGAAGUAAGACAGAUGACGAUUCUAGCAUAAAGCGAUAA